UUCAGUGAUAUAGGAUGAUUUUCAUGAAAUAAUUUGACAAAAAAAACAAAUUAAUAAUUUCGAAUAGAAACAUUUUUGAUGUAGAAUAAUAAUUGCAUAACAUCAAGUUCAAACUUGAUGAAAAAAGGUUCAACUGUUGUUUUGAAUGAAUUGUAAAGAUUUUUUUUUCAUAAAGACCAAGGGUAUGAGUGUGGGUAUAUUUCUUCAUUCGGAAAACUCCCCGCAGCGUUUAACCCACAUCUAAACUCUUCUUAUUUUUUGUUACAGUCAUCGAUUAUAACUGACAAAAAUCAAAAUUCAAAACUAUAGUUUCAUGGCAGAUUGAAAUUUCUUGUUUUUUUUUCAAAAUCGAAACCAUGAAAUUCUAGAUCAAUUAGUGAAUGAUUUAAGUUUUUUCCAUAAAAUGGCUGUGCCAGAAAAUGCAAAAUAUAAAAAGUGUCUCAUAAUAAUCUCCGUUGAAACAAAAUUGUUUUCGAUGUAACUUGACAAAUACAUAUGAUCUUGACAGCAUCUUUUUUUCAGGUAGCAUUACUUCUGGCGUAAUCUUUCUGACUUUGAAAAGAUAAGAUCUCUAUUUAUUAAUAUGACUGAGUUGUAUCAAAAAGAAAAGAAUCUCUUCAAAAUUAUUUUCACCAUGUUAGCUUUCGUGAAACUCUAAGACUAAUUGAGAAAUAGUCUUCAUUGGUAGGUCAUGGCUUAGAUGGUUGUAGCUGAUAAAACGAAGACUUUGGAAAAUUAAUUAUUUAAAAAUUCAAUCCCACUUGUACAUAUCUUUAGUUGAGUAACGUAUCUGCAAUGAAAAGAAUUUGGUUUCGAAUAUCUCCAUUUCUCGUUCAUUAAAAAUAAUAUUUACUUCCUUGAUUUUUAUAUUCAGGUAAAUUUCUAUUAUUUAAAAAUGAAUUACAACAAAUAAAUUCAUUAUUAUUAAACGAAUCGAAACAACUUAUUGAUAUACUUCAUUAUUUAUAUGAUUGUAAUAUUAUUCAUCGUGAUAUACGUAUAGGGAAUUUGAUGUUUGAUAGUAAUAAUAAUCAUUUAAAAUUAAUUGAUUUUGAUUUUGCCAUUACUUAUCAAGCGAAAAAGACACGAACAGCAGGUGCAUUUAUACUGGCUAGAUAUGAAUUUUUAAUUUCUGUUUUGGAAGCAGCAUGA